AUGAACGAUUCAUUAAUCCUAAAGUUCUCUAAAUUGUUUUCACUUCUACUUAUCUAUUCAUUUGCAACGUCCAUUAUAUCACAACAAGUUGAGGAAGAAGUAGAAUUCAGCUACAUUGAAGGAAGUGAAAAUGGGCCAAGCAAUUGGGGAAACAUCAAAGAAGAAUGGGAAAGUUGUAAGAUAGGCAUAACGCAGUCACCAAUAAUAUUGUUUCCAAGACUACCACAAAGAAUCCCAAAAUCGGAGAAAAUCACAAAAUUUUACAAGCCUGGUAAAACAAUCAUAAACACUGACCAUUCUAUUGAGCUUGAAUGGAAUGAGAAGAAUAACAGCAAAAUUCAAAUAAAUAACAUUGAUUAUUUCCUACUCAAUGUCCAUUGGCACUCUCCUUCCGAGCAUGCACUUAAUGGUAUAAGGUAUGCAUUGGAAGCGCACUUUGUUCAUCAAAGUGUGGAUAACAAAAUUGCAGUUAUUGCUUUUCUUUAUAAGUUUGGUUUGUCUGAUCCUUUCCUUUCUUCGAUUGAAGAUAAAAUAAGAAAAAAAAUUUCGCAUGAGACAGCAGAACUAAAGGGCGGUAAAACUGAUCCAUCUACGGUGCGGAUGGGAGGUUUCCAGUAUUAUAAAUAUAUUGGCUCACUCACUACUCCUCCUUGUUCUGAACCGGUCUGGUGGACCGUCGAAACAACUGUUGGAACUGUUUCACGGCAACAAGUGAAAUUGCUUCGGGGAGCUCUUGGUGACGGUACAAGUGGAAAUGCAAGGCCAUUGCAACCAAUAAAUGGAAGAAUGUUGAACCUCUAUGAUACAAGAUUUCCCUAGUUUCAGCCUUCAGCUAAACCUUUUGUGCCCAAUACAUAAUAUCUAUAUACCCAAACUUGGGCUUCAUUCCCAUGUAUCUUAAUUCUUAAUAAUGCUCUUACAAAAAAUAAAACCUGUAUACUAUUGUCUUCUUAUUUAUCAUUAAUAAAC